AUGGCGAAGGAAGCACAUAGCCUCAGCUUGGUGCAGGAGCUUGAAUCCUCCUCCACCUCCACCGAUGAGUUUGCCAGCAAUAGAAAGGUGCAGCGAAGCUCCUCGGAGCGCUCCUCGCGCCGGAGGGAAAAACUCCGGAAGAAGCGAGAACAGCAGCUUCAAGACUUCUUGACGCUUCAUCGAUUUCCAGAUGCCUUUGAGCCAAGAGUGACCAAGCAGAAAUGUUUGCCUUUCCUCAGAGGAAGCGAAGAGCUGAUGUAUCCGAUCCACGUCGCAGCUGCCAAGGGCGAUAGCAAGAUCCUGCGACUUCUCUUAGAUGCAGGAGUCGACGCCGCGCAACGCACCUCUAAGGGUCGCUUGGCCAUUGACUUGGCCCGCGCCAACGGCUGGGUCGAGGCCGCUGAGAUCUUGGAGAAUCCCGUGAAACCCGUGAAGGUCAGAGACAUGUUAAAGAGUGUGGAGGCGGAGAAUGAGUACACCGAACUCUACUUGUAG